GAAACAAAAAUUAAGGGAGACAGAGAUGUAUCAUUCUUCAGUCAAGAGCAUUUUUGUUGAAGAGAAAAAUGAUGUCCCACCUAUUUGCCCUAAGCCUAGAAAACUAGGAUCCACCACUACUCUUCCUGAAGUCCUCAAAUCCCUAAAUUGCAAUGAUAACAGCCAGAAGAAUUUUGAUGGAAGAAGUGGGAUUCUCAACAUUGUUGCUGAAAAGACAAGAGAUGGAAGAAAUUCACCAUCAUGUUACGCAGGUUCUCCUCCAGGGAGAACAAGUAAUCCUUUGGUGCAAGACGUACAAUUUAUUCAGCAAAUGGAACAUUUUUCACCUUUGACAAGAACUAGUUUGUCUGAUAAAUUUGGUUUUACCUCUGUCUCUCCAGCUUGACAAAAUACACAAACAUCACAAUUUUUUAUUUGUUUUCUGUCAUUAUUUGGUUUACUUAAUGUUAAAAUGUAUGAGAAAUUAAGUCAAGAUCCCUUUUAAAGGGAGUUACUUUUUUUGUUUUUGGUGAGUAGAGCAAGAGUGCUCUGUUAGAUUGUGAUGUGGGCAAAC